AAGAUUGUUAAUCUCGGUGUGGGGAGACUUGGCUUUUGGAGAACAUUGACUCAAGAGCAAAUGUAUCUACCUCCUGAAUUUUGAGUGAGUGAGACAUUAAAGCUUUGAGAUUUUCCCAAAUGGAAUCUUGCCAUAUGGAAAGAAUGCAUGAUUUCAUAGGAUAUAGACAACUGGCUUAAGCCAACAUUUCUGGACAGUAAGAAACUGCAAAUCAAGGAAGAAGUGCUUAGAAAUAUUUUCACAUAAAGAGAAUUUUAGGAAAGGAAGAUGGAUCAACCUAGUGGAAGGAGUUUUAUGCAAGUAUUAUGUGAAAAAUAUAGUCCUGAAAACUUUCCUUACCGUCGUGGUCCUGGGAUGGGAGUCCACGUCCCAGCCACGCCUCAGGGCUCUCCUAUGAAAGAUCGCCUCAACCUCCCAAGUGUACUGGUGUUGAACAGCUGUGGAAUAACAUGUGCAGGAGAUGAAAAAGAAAUUGCUGCCUUCUGUGCUCAUGUGUCGGAACUAGAUCUUUCUGACAACAAACUCGAAGACUGGCAUGAGGUCAGUAAAAUUGUGUCAAAUGUUCCCCAGUUGGAGUUUCUAAACCUGAGUUCCAACCCUCUGAAUUUGUCGGUUUUAGAAAGAACAUGUGCUGGGUCCUUCUCUGGGGUUCGCAAACUUGUCCUCAACAACAGCAAAGCUUCUUGGGAGACGGUCCACACGAUACUGCAGGAGUUACCCGAUUUGGAGGAGCUCUUCCUGUGCCUUAACGACUAUGAAACAGUGUCUUGUCCUUCUAUUUGCUGUCAUUCUCUUAAGCUACUACAUAUAACAGACAAUAACCUCCAAGACUGGACUGAAAUACGAAAGUUAGGAGUUAUGUUUCCUUCACUGGAUACUCUCGUCCUGGCGAACAAUCAUUUGAAUGCUAUUGAGGAGCCUGAUGAUUCACUGGCCCGGUUGUUUCCUAAUCUACGAUCCAUCAGCCUCCACAAAUCAGGUUUGCAGUCCUGGGAAGACAUUGACAAACUAAAUUCAUUCCCCAAACUUGAAGAAGUGAGAUUAUUAGGAAUUCCUCUUCUGCAGCCCUAUACCACCGAGGAGCGGAGGAAAUUGGUAAUAGCCAGAUUGCCAUCCGUCUCCAAACUUAAUGGCAGUGUUGUUACUGAUGGUGAGCGAGAAGAUUCGGAGAGAUUUUUUAUCCGUUACUAUGUGGAUGUUCCACAGGAAGAAGUGCCAUUCAGGUGGAGCUGGAAGUCUGUCGUUUACUGUAGAUGUUCAUGGUAUCAUGAACUGAUUACAAAAUAUGGGAAGUUGGAGCCUUUGGCAGAAGUGGACCUAAGACCCCAGAGCAGCGCGAAAGUAGAAGUCCACUUCAACGAUCAGGUGGCAGAAAUGAGCAUUCGUCUGGACCAAACAGUUGCAGAACUAAAGAAACAAUUAAAAACUCUAGUGCAGUUACCCACGAGCAACAUGCUUCUCUACUAUUUUGACCACGAAGCACCCUUUGGCCCAGAGGAAAUGAAGUACAGCUCUCGGGCAUUGCAUUCUUUUGGCAUUAGGGAUGGAGAUAAAAUUUAUGUGGAAUCCAAAACAAAAUAACCUCUACCAGCCUUGUAAAAACACAUACAUAAGGACUUCUUGCAGGGCAUUUGUUCCCAAUGGUUUUCUUUAGGAGGGAGAAGGUUGUUUUCGUUUGGUUGUGUUUUGUUUUGUUUCAGUUUCAGGGGGGUUUUGUAUAUUUUUCCCCCUAGGAUGGGUAGGGGACUGUUUUUGGUAUUUUCUACCACAGAUUUCUUCAGCUCAGCCAGCAGAAUUGGCCACAUCUCCAGUCCACCCGCCCUCCCUCACGAAAGAUGACCAGGAAGCCGCCGUGUCCGUACCGUGUUCACUGGGACGUGUCUGCCGCGUGGUCGUCCUGACCGCUUCGGGGUACUUGUGGAAAGAGCACGAACAGUGUGUCCCCCGCAGGAGGGUAACUUGACUAUUUAAAUCCGGAGCAGGGAUCUUUCCAGGAAGGGCCAGCAUUUCUCUCCCCCCGUUCUUCCGCGUUCCCUCGUUCUCCCUCCUUUCCUGUUGUGGUUCAGUUUUUCACUUUGACUAGCGUCAGCCCCUGUUUACCUAGUAGCUUCAUUCUGUCUAUAAGUAACUUCUCAUUUCUCAGUGUGGGCGGGGUUUUUUCUUCAUUUCUCCCUUUUGAAACAAUUUCGCGUUUUAAGCAUUUUUCAACCUGAUCCUGAUCUCAGGUACUCAGUUAGCACCUAUAACUCUGUUAGGAUCUGGAAGAGGAGCAGACGGAGAGUUAAAACUCCAGGAAAACUUCCUGUUUGGCAGCACAGGCAGAGCAGCCUGGUCUCUGUAUGUAACAGUGUCCACGUGGGUGUUCGCACACACUGUAUCAACCCUCACGUCCAUAGUAUGAAAUAUGUCGCGUUCCCGAGCAUUCCCGAGUUCGAAUGUAUUUCCUCAUAUCUAGCUAUCUUUUUCCUGACCUUAAACUACUGGGACCAGAGGCCUGACUUUAGGAAGGACCCAAAAAAGUAAUGGAUGUACGUGCCAGGAGAGGUGAGAAUUAGCUAACAGACGAUCUGUGGCGUGUGUGAGGGAGUAUCGCAGGAGAAAAGUCAGGUCGUACAGGAGAAAGAGAGUGUCGUGGCUUUCCUGCCUGUGUCGUCAUUUGAAGUCCUUGCUCUUGCACUUUGCGUCAAAAGUGGGGAAUUUUAAUCAAAGGGAGUUUUGAUUCCCAGUUCUUCCCUGGGAUUUUGUGACGUCGUAAUUGAACAGUUCUUUUUGUUUUACGUUUCAACUUAGUCGCCCCUACUGAAGAACAACUCUGCCUAAUCUAUGAGUAAAGUCUAAGUGUCAAAACUCCAGAAUUGCCUCCAAGUCAUAUUUUUUGCAGAAGCAUGUUUAAAGCACUUUUCUUGAAAAGCUGGCUCCUCGCCUGCUCUGAAAUCUUUGUGUUUGUUCUUGUAGUCCUUUGUUAAUCAGUGUACUCCCUUUCUUCAAUGUAUGUCUUUCUUGGUCCACCAUGUUUACACUUGGGAGACUUGAGGAAGGCUUAGCAUUACUAAGGGCAGGAGAUGUGCACAUAAAAAAGAAGGUAUGUUCUUUUUCGAAGAAUGUAAUCAUUAUCUGAUUGCAUUUGACUUUUUGACCUCUGUUAUAGGAUUCCACCGCUCCUACAAAUUCUUUAAUUUCGUAAGAAAUUUUUAGAUGACUCUUAUAAAAUCCUUCACAUCUGCAGAGUUGUGAUUCUUAUUGCUACUUUAAAUUUUUUUCCUAUGCCAUGACAGCAGAUGUUUAUUCUCUUAAUGCACUUCAGGUUCAGUGUCUGUAAAGCCUCUGACCCAGGCCUACUGAGUCAAAUCUACGUUCACUGUAACAUUAAAGGUGGAAACCAAAGGGUUUGAGAAAGAUGAAUGAAGCCCAUCCUCCUGCUGCAAGACUCUAUCUUUCAAAAUCAGAAGAAUGAGCAAUGGAGAUCGGGGCUGGGUAUAAACAAGAAUAAUUAUUUUGCAGUCACAUUUUCCUGACAGAUUUUUGGAAGUGGGGAAAAAAGCGUGGCAACAGUGCCAUGAAGACAAAAACUGUGGGUGCUUUGUGUAUGUGUGCAUGAGUGCCGACGAGUUUGAAAGAGAAACCGUGUAAUGGAGCCCAUUGCUUUCGUCAGCCUGGGAGACAGAUGCACUCUUAUUUUUUGAGGUUAUGUGACCCCUGACUGUCCUGCAGCAGAAGGCAGAGCAAACACGUCUGUUUUGCUUUAAUCAUAAGUGGAAUGGUCACAACUAAUGAGCUAUUUUGUAUAUGACAAAGUUUUAUGAAAUGCUUUUUUACUAUUAGAGACCUGUUCCUUCUGUUACGACAGAACACAGCGUCCGUCAACUGCAGGCAUAAUUCCCCUAUUAUACAGUUGCAUGUCAGGGGAACUUCUCAUCUAAUGCAGUGGAUGUGGGUAUUUUUAGGGCAUUGUAAUUGAUGGUUUUAAUCAUUGCUGAAUACUUUUUUGAUUGAGAUGAAAUCUAUCACAAUUCCUGGUCUUUUAGAGCUACAGAACAGAAGUAAAAGAGAGAAGCUAUUUGAGCAUGUGUACCUGUAGAUUUAUUUGGGGGGCUGAGCAAAGAUGCUGCUUUUGAAAUAAAAUUGGUGCUGUGUAGACACUUGAAACCAAAAUUAUUUUUGUAACAGGCCGGAAAGGAGACAAGAGACCAUGGACCUUUGAGCCUAAAUGUUAUGCAUAAUUGAUUGCUGCAGCUUAUGUAUUUUAAUAUUGACUUCCUCCAUCCACAUGCAGUGAGAGCAUAUUAUUGGCAUUUAUGAGGCAAAAUGCUGUCAGAGCCAGUGUUACAGAUAUGUUGCUGCAGGCGCAGUGUAUAGGACAUACCUGUCCUCAACUAGAAAUUCUUUUCAGUUUCGAAAAGGGAAAGGAAGCCAGAUCAAAACCAAGGGGUCCUCCGUGCUCACAAGUAGCUGCUGAGGCCACAACAGAGAUCAGUUUUCUUUUUAAUUGAAUUGUUGAAAUAUCCCAGACUGCUUUAAAGGAGAAAAAAAGCUGAGCCCAGUGUCUUUCAUUAUUAUAACAUUUUCUAUUGUUUCUGCCACCAUAUCCGUAAACACAUAAGAAAGCAACGGAAAUCCCACACCUUGUUUCUUUUAAGAGCUUUUGGUGGAAAUAAGCCCGAAACAUGAGCUACGUGUGACAGAGCCGAGUGUCAUGAUGCUAUGUUUUAAAAUUUUGUUCGCUUAACAAAAUGAAACGUCACCAGAUGUUUCAGCUGCGUUGCCGAGUAAGCAGUGCGCCAGCCAGAGGACCUUUGUUGCACAGGGAUCUGACCCCCACUCAGGGCUCGCUGGUGAUAGCUUUUACCAGUGCGCGUGCGCGCGCGCGCGCGCGCGCGUGUGUGUGUGUGUGUGUGUGUGUGUGUGACUUGACCUCUGCGAAGUGCUAGGCUCUAGGGCACAUAAAACAGGAGUACAAAAUAAUAGAUUGUUCUCAGCGAUGCCACUGCUGUUUAUGAAUUUGAUUUUUCCCUCCGUUUCAUGUUAGCUUGAAGACACAAACAAACUGCGUUCAAGUACACCCAGAAGCUGUCUGUGUUACCAGAUGUGUUGUGAACACUCUGUUUCUCAUAGGUGCUUCCAUAAUAUAACAUGUCCAUUGUAGUGACGGAGAGGGACGGGGCUCUCCCAGGCUCCUUCCUCACUUGCCAGUUGUCUCCUGCAGCUAAUGGAAAUAUAUAUUUUAUUUUAGAAUAUAAUUUAAACAUGAAGGUCUAUUCUUUGCACUUUUUAUUAAUACAUAUAUAUAGAGAUAAUCUUUAAAAAAAUUAAAAAUCCAAGUCUACUUUC